UUUUGGAAAAUGAAAGCACAAGAAAAAUUACUCGAGCACUUGAAAACAUUCCCUAAUUACAAUGUGGCGAAGAAUGUUAUAAUGUUCCUUGGAGACGGCUUGUCAAUACCAACGAUAUCUGCUACAAGAAUCUACUUGGGAAAGAAAAACGGACUACAAUAUGGGGAAGAACAGGAAUUGUUUUUCGAGACAUUUCCAUACACAGGACUGAGCAAGACCUACUGUGUGGACACCCAGGUGGCUGACUCAGCUUGCAGUGCCACCGCCUAUCUCUGCGGCGUGAAGGCGAACCGUGGUACAAUGGGCUUGUCGGCUAGCGCACCCAGGAAGAGCUGUGAGGCCAUGAACAAUGCCUCUAACCACGUGGAAUCUAUCUUUACUUGGGCACAGGAGGCGGGCAAGAGCACGGGACUGGUGACAACAACGCGCGUGACGCACGCCUCGCCGGGCGGUGGCUACGCCCACACGGCGGAGCGCUACUGGGAGUGCGACGAGAACGUGCUGAGGGACGGCCUGGACCCGGAGCUCUGCAGCGACAUCGCUGAGCAGCUGGUGCUGGCCCGGCCCGGCCGCGACAUACAGGUUAUUCUGGGCGGCGGUCGGAAGAUGUUCAGGCCUGUGACGUCUGUGGACGAGGAAGGCGACAGUGGAAGUAGGCUGGAUGGCGUGGAUUUGAUUUCUCGGUGGCACACAGACAAGCUACUACGUGGAGCCAGACCUCACUACGCUUGGAACAAGGAAGGUUUGCUAAAAAUGGAUAUAGAAAACACCGACUUUUUGAUGGGAUUAUUUGAGUCGGAUCAUCUGCUGUACAACCUCGACACUGACGCCACCAAAGAGCCUAGUCUUCCCGAGCUGACAGAAGUGGCGAUUAAAAUGCUGCAGAAAAACAACAAGGGAUACUUCCUCUUUGUUGAAGGCGGGCGGAUCGACCAGGCACACCACGAGACGCGCGCGCAGAAGGCCCUGGAUGAGACUGAGCAAUUCCAGGCUGCAGUGCGCGUGGCCGCCCAGAUGACCAGUGAGCAGGACACGCUGAUUGUCGUCACGGCAGACCACUCUCACGUCAUGACACACAACGGUUACCCGCGGCGGGGCAGAUCAGUGUUCGAAACUGCUGGUGUUUCAAACAGAGAUGGUCUUCCUCACUCUAUAUUGAGCUACGCUAAUGGUCCUGGAUACAAGAGGCCAACCAGCAAUGGAAGCAGAUACGAUAUCUCAACAGAUAAUAUGCGCGACAAGGACUACCGCUUCCCGGCGCUGGCGCCGCUGGGUAGCGAGACGCACGGCGGAGACGACGUCCCGGUGUUCGCGCGCGGGCCCUGGGCGCAGCUGUUCACGGGAGUGCUCGAGCAGCACGUGAUCCCGCACGCCAUGGCGUUCGCCGCGUGCCUGGGCGACGGCCUGACCGCGUGCUGGGCGCGCCGGCACGCGCUGCGGCCCGAGGACCUCCUGCACGUGCCCGUGGCGCCCUGGCAGUGGUCGCCGCGUGCCUGGGCGACGGCCUGACCGCGUGCUGGGCGCGCCGGCACGCGCUGCGGCCCGAGGACCUCCUGCACGUGCCCGUGGCGCCCUGGCAGUGGUCGCCGCGUGCCUGGGCGACGGCCUGACCGCGUGCUGGGCGCGCCGGCACGCGCUGCGGCCCGAGGACCUCCUGCACGUGCCCGUGGCACCCUGGCAGUGGUCGCCGCUGUCGCCUGUUCGCGCCUCGCCUUGAGG